AUGACAGAGAAAGCGAAAAGUAUGAGUCACGUGAAACAUAUUCCGAAAGAUGCCCAAGUUAUAAUGUCAAUAAUGAAGGAUAUGGGAAUCACAGACUAUGAACCAAAGGUUAUAAAUCAGUUGCUUGAAUUCACAUACCGCUACGUUACUUGUAUAUUAGAUGAUAGUAGGAUUUAUGCGAAUCAUGCAAAAAAGAAGUUCAUUGAUUUAGACGAUGUCAGAUUAGCAGUCAAGAUGCAAUUAGAACGUACAUUUACAAAUCCACCACCGAGAGACGUAUUACUAGAUGUUGCCCGGGCAAAAAACAAUAUCCCACUUCCAUUUGUUAAACCGAGCAAUGGUCUUAGAUUGCCACCAGACAGAUAUUGUUUAAAUUCGACAAAUUAUAAACUUAAAAAUGCCACGAAGAAAGUAAUUGGGAAACCAAUACAUUCUUUGGUUGGAAACAACAUCCAGGGUGGUCAGUCAAAAAUCAAAGUAGAAGGCAAUAAAACUGGCCUUUCUAUAGUUAAAAAACUUGCAACAGUUGCUAGAACCCAAACCAUUUCAAUGCCAAAGCCUGUAUUGAAAUUCUCAACAGCUACAACAGGUGGAGGUACUGUAAAAGCGCAGGUGGCUAAGCCAAAGAUACAAAUUUCCUCGGGUCAAACGAUGCCGCCCGUAAAAAUGGAAAUUGAGGAUUCGAUGAAAAGAAAAAGAGAAGACGACGAUUACGACGUACCAUAACAAUAGGAAAUAAGUACCAAACAAACAUUCAUUUUAUAUUUUAUGUUUUUUCGUAUGUAAGAAUAUUUUCGAUUGAUAUAACACGAAGACUAUAAUUUUAA